GUCACCAAUUGUCAUAUGGCUUGAAAUGUCACUUUCUACAAGUAACAAAUAAGUUGGGUGAAAAGAAACCUCCAAAACGAGUUUGGGUCGUGCAUAAAGAUGCUUCGCACUAGCUUAAUGGUCGUGGCACUGUGAAUCAUCAGAGAGGCAUGCGUUGUCCCCGUUGACUCGUGUAAUCCAUUGAAUCUGGUCACGGCUUCGUCCACUAUUUGUUACAUUAACAUUCAUGUUGCUAAAUAGUUUCCAGUGGAUCACGUAAGGUUGUGCUCGAACUUGAACGCGCACUUCCCGUCAGGGCCGUCAGCGAUGGAAUCGGACAUCGGGUCGAGCGAUCAGCAGCACUCUGCAACUCCCGCAACACAGCCGCAACCCGUGAAACGAAGGAAGCUAUACCAGAACAAAGGAGCACCCUUCAUAGUACCACGGACUACACGGUAUCGCAGACAGUUACGCUUACGUGCACAACAGAGCGCCGCGCAGAGUGCCAGCCCCAGCAGCAGCCCGUCUAUUUUGCAUGCUUCACAGAUAAGCAACGUAAGUGCAACGACGAAUGAUGAGGAAGUUGGAGCCGAUUCUCUCGGGUCAGUCGCGGAACAUGUGAGCAACGACGUUAGGCCAGUAAGAGAAGGUGAAGCAGGUGAACGCGGGUCAGUUGUGGAACAUGUGGUGAACGACACCAGGCGAGUAACAGAAGGCGAAGCAGAUGAACACAACUCGGUCGCUGACCAUGUGGUCAGUGACAGCAGGCCAGAGGUAGAAAGUGAACCAGGUGAACACGACUCAGCCUUUGAACCUGUGGCAUACAACAUCAGGCCGGAGGGAGAAAGUGAAGCAGAUGAGCACGACUCUGUCACGGAACAUGUGGUCAACGACACAGAGCCAGCAGGAGCUGGACUUGAAGACAAUGAUACCGAUGACAUCAUACCACCUUUGGACCAUGCCGAACUUAUGACAAACUUCCUCAAUGAAUUCGGCGACGAGACAAUCCCACACUCAACGAUAAAAAAGGCAGAAGCUGUAGCCUUAGUAACUGCAUUUGCAGCUGGCCAUUCGUUGACGUGGACAGCGCUAGACCACUUAUUAAGACUCGUCAAUACACUGUUUGGCCAUGAGGUCGUCCCACGGAGUAUAUACAUGCUUCGCAAGCUUUCGACGCCCAAGGAAGGAAGAGAUCUCAGACACCACUAUUAUUGUGAAGACUGUAGCAUGAUCCUUGAUGAUUAUGGAGAGGCCAUGCUAACAUGUAGUGUGUGUCUACAGAGCUAUGAUCAGAAAAAGCUAAGGGAUGCUGGCAACUUCUUCACAAUUUUGGACUUUACACGGCAAAUGCAACACGUUGUCAAGAAAAACUGCGACGUACUCUAUGACAGCCUGAACAACAUAGUCUCUUCUCAAAAUGUUGUAUCUCAACCAGAGAUCGUGAGAGACAUUACUGAUGGCACCCUCCACAAGAAAUUACGGGAUGAUGGGGAACUAUCUGCCAUGGACCUCACGAUUACUUUUAACACUGACAGGAGCCCUGUAUGGUCCUCAUCGAAAAUAUCAGUCUGGCCUAUCCAGUAUAUUAUCAAUGAGCUUCCGCCACAAGUGAGGUUCAAAAAUUGUAUGUUGGCCGGCCUUUGGUUCUGGAGGAAGCAUCCCAACAUGACGAUGUUCAUGGAAGAAUUUGUAAAAGAAGUGAAUGAGGCAAAGGCUAUCAAGUGGAAACACGAUGCAGAACUGGUGACGUCCAAGGUGCUCCCCCUGUGCUGUUGUGUCGAUACGCCUGCACGCGCCAUGGUUCAAAACCACAUCUCUUUCAAUGGGUACUUUCCGUGCACGUGGUGCUUUACCCCUGGAACAUAUAUUGAUGGGACCAUGAGGUUCCUAGCCACAGAACCAGAAGGUGAGCGCACCCAGGAAAUGGUUUUGAGGGAUAUGGAGAUGGCUGUGGAGCUACAGUGCCCAAUCAAUGGAGUAAAAGGACCAUCUCCCUUGAUCAACUUCAGAAGCUUCAACCUGGUGUGGGGUCAGACGGUUGACUAUAUUCAUUGCGUCUUGUUGGGAGUCAUAAAGCAAGUGACGGAGCAGAUAUUGACCAUCCUCAGUUCAGCACUGGAAGCAUCUGAGCCUACUUGUGGAAGCCAUCCACCACCUACUUGGGACGGAAGUCACACCUGCCUUGCUCCAUCAUGCUGGCUAUAUGGCGACAGCAGCAUGACGUACAACAUUCACCAGUUGCUGCACCUAACAAAAGGAGUUAAGCUACUGGGCCCACUGUGGGCUCACUCAGCUUUUGUGUUCGAGGGUGGCAAUGGUUCAUUGGUGAAGAACAUCACUGCUGCAAAGGGCAUGCCCCAUCAAAUUAUAGAGCGUGCCCUUAUGUCUCAGCAGCUCAGCAUGCUUGUAACACUGUCACCAAAUAUUAGAAAAAUGUGCAACAGCAUUCUUGGCAACGAGCCACUAAAAAAUUUCGAAUAUGUGAAUGAGGCAUGUCUGCUUGGAGUACCCAAGCAUAUGACGCAUUUUAGUAUUGAAGAGCAGGAUGCCUUGGCAAGGUCGACAAACAUGUGUGUCACAGCUGUUCUGGAAUACUACCGUUUUGUUGUUGGAAACAAUUUAUACCACAGCAGCUCCUACUCAAAGGCCAACAAAAGUGACAGCAGUGUCAUCAUAUCCAGUGAUGGUGACUUUCUGAAAAUCGAGAGGAUCUUUCGGGUGGUGCGUUCCAUGGCGCACGUUCCCUCCACCGAUGCAUCAGCAGGCCCACCGCCUCCCACUGAGCCUCCCAACGCAGGUGCCACAGCGUCGUCGAUCCAUCACUACGCCAUUCGCUUACCACCUUUCUGGAGCCACAACGCCACCGUGUGGUUUUUACAAGUCGAAUGCCAGUUUGCGUUAAGCGGCAUCACCUCCCAGCUGGCCAAGUUUCGGCAUGUGGUGAGCGUCCUGCCCCAGGAAGUUGCCGCCCAGCUCAUCGAUGUUCUCACCGCGCCCCCCGCCGCAAACCCGUACGACGCUCUCAAGGCUGCCUUGCUCGAACGGACCACCACCUCCGAGCGAAAGCGCUUCCAGGAGCUUUUGUCAGCCGAAGAUCUGGGCGACCGCCGACCGACAGAACUCCUGCGUCACAUGCAGAACCUUCUCGGGGAGCGAGCAGUGACGUUCGAUGCAAGCUUCCUGAAGCAGCUGUUCCUACAACGAUCCAGAUGA